CUCCUCCUCCCCCACGUACAAUACACAACAUACACAACAUGCCCUCCCUACUCUCUUCCCUCCUCCUCGCCGCCCUUCCUCUCCUCGCCUCCGCUGCCCCUCAUCCCGCCUGGGCGCUCCCUGGAGACUCCCCUUAUCAUUCCCUCUUCCGGCGCCAGUCUGCAGUCCCUCCCGUAGGAUCAGACGCUUGGAUCGCCCUCUACCCACAGGCUUCCGGGACGCCAACUACUUUCCCCCAAAGCUGGACAGACGCCCUUAACGCCGCCAUUUCCCAAGGCCUCAUCCCCAACAUCAGCGUCAGCAAUCUCAACGGUGGCUACCCCACCUACUCCGAUGGACAGGGAACGGACCCGGAUAUCUGCUCGUUUACCUAUGUUUGCAACGCCACGACCGACCUAACUAACCCUCCUGAUGGCAUAGUCGCACUUGCUUUUGACGAUGGCCCCACGUCCUACUCCGACCAGCUCUAUGACUUCCUUGCGUCCAACCACCAACACGCGACACACUUCAUGAUCGGCUCCAACAUCCUUUGGAACAGUGCCCAGUUCAUCCACGCCUUCAACACCAACGAGGAUCAUAUUGCUGUCCACACCUGGUCCCACCCGUACAUGACCACUCUGACCAACGAGCAGGUGGUUUCCGAGCUCGGGUGGACAGUCCAGAUCAUCCACGACUCCACCGGUGGUCUGCUCCCUGCAUUCUGGCGUCCACCAUUCGGGGAUGUAGACAACCGUGUCCGUGCAAUUGCGCAACACAUCUUUGGCUUGAAAACCGUCACGUGGAAUCAGGACAGCGCCGAUUGGUCUAUUUCCACCGGGUACACGACACUCCCAGCCGUGGAGGGAGCCCUUAACAUGUGGGCCACGGGGCCAAAGUCUCCUGGCCUCGAGAUCCUGGAACACGAACUGACAAACAUCACCAUCGCCGCAUUCAUGAGUGUAUAUCCUACGAUGAUCUCAUCAGGAUGGAAGGUCCAGCCUGUUCCAGAUGCAUACGGCUUCCCGUGGUACGCCAACGCAGACAACAGCACCUCACCCCUGCAGUACACAGCUGGUGUCGCAUCUCCCCAACAAUCGCUUUCGACGGCCGGGUCGACUUCUUCGGCCUCUUCCAGUCCUUCGUCUACCGGAAGUGGAGCUGGGGACACCGUCACCGCCAGUGCUAGUGCGAGCGGGAGCAAGAGCAGCCCCAGCUCGGGCUCAGGAAGCGCAGCCAAGAGCGCUGGCGAGAUGCGCAUCGCUAGCUCUUGGGCCAGUGCUUGGGCAGUUGGAGCUCUGGCUCUCGGCUUGCUGACAUUCGCGUAAAUGACCGAAGAAUAAGGACCGGUGCAUGGUGAAUGGAUCGUAAGGCGGGUAAUGGAUAGGUAUGGAACUCAAUAAUAUCGGUGGUGUUCCUCUGGUUUCGUCUGCUAGACGAUGGACUCUCUUUCUCUCUUUCCUGGACACUCGGUUGUUGUGCUGCGCUCUGCCGCGGCUCGCUGUUGUUCUUCCGUGGUCUCCGUUCCUGUGUAUCAUUCAUGGACUCUUUGGGCAUUACCUACGUACAUACACAUUUCUCGCAUCACACUCGCUUCCAUUUCCACCGCUACUCGCAUUUUCUCACGACAUAUACGUUAUAUUGUACAUACCUUGGCUUUUUUCUUCUCAGUUCAAUCGGUUUGUUGUUGGGUUGGGUAGUCGGUAGUUAGAACACGGACUGUACAUGACUCGGAGGGGAUGGGAGGGAGGGGGAAGAUGGAACAGGUUGGUGAAUGGAUGGUUGUUCACGAC